CUCCAAGGACGGCAGAAGCUCAGCAAUACCAGCAACCCCACCAAUUGGAUCGGACCACUCGUCGGGUGCGGCAAGUGUGAACUCGAAGCUCACAAUGGCGUCUAAGAAAGUCACCAAUUUCACGAAAUACACCCUACAACCUAAGGGAUUCUAUGGAUUUCUCAACCGUGUGUUCGCUCUUGAUCCCAACCGCUCAAGCGGUAUCCCCAUGAACCCUACAUACCGCAAUCCCCCUCCGGGCGCGAACGAUCCUAUGGCCUACGAUGACCCAGUCACGGUUCCCGCUGCCGAUAUCGCUGAAAACCCUUACUGGAAACGUGAUGUGCGACGCCGUUACCCCCAGCUUUCCACCGUCACUCAAGCCGACGCUGUUGCAUUGCUGGAGGUGGGCAGUGCGGCAAACCCGAAGCAAGAGUUGAUAGGCGAGGCAGGCUCAAAACAACUUGUCGCUGCCCAAGAGGCGGGCAGCCAGGGUCUGAGUGUGGCUUUUGAAAAGAACACUGGACUCGCGAAAGAUGUACUUGGGCCAGGAGGCAUGCCACCUCUCCCGAGCGGAUUAUAUGAGGGCGGGGAUGGGGUCAGGAGAUAUAACCUUGAGCCAGAGCAGAGCUAUGGCGGCAGGUAA